ACCAGAAAUAGAGACCAGUUGCCUUCAUCGAAGGAAGCAGUGAAGAAGCUAUUACAAUCUCUUUCUCGAUCACGACAAUGUUAAACCAUUUGAAAUAUUGGUGUUCUUUAUUGAUAAUGAUAUCAUGCCAUCGAACGGUGGUGCAUGGACAAGUUUACGCACUGGGUUCUUGUCCCAAUCUCAACGUCGUCUCCGACUUCAAAAUUGAUCAGUAUUUGGGAAAAUGGUACAGCAACCGCAGCUAUUUCCCAUUUUCUCAGUCUGGAUUGGAAUGCAUAACGGCCGAAUACGUAAAGAAUGGAGCAAAAGUCACCAUGAAGAAUGUCGGAAUUAAAAAAAUAACCAGAACAAGAUCGACGACAUCAGGUACUCUGCGCCACGUACAGCCUCCCAACGGCAAACUAAGCGUAUCAUUUUUCGGCGAUCCUACACAAGGGAACGCGAAUUAUUGGGUGCUGGACACGGAUUACACCUCGUAUUCUGUUGUAUGGAGCUGCAUGCACUUUGGAAUAGAACCCAUCAAUACACGCAUUGUGUGGAUCCUAACUCGUGAGCAGCAUCCCUCAAACGCUACAAUCGACGCGGCGUUGACGGUACUAAGGAAAAACGGAAUCGAUCAAAGUAAAUUGCGGUUGACGAAUCAACAGGACUGUUAGCCAUGCAGCUGAAACUCAUUUGGUAUAGUUUUGUUGGGAUGGGGUGUUAAAAUUAAUAAAAGGAAGCGCUUUAUUCAUUUUUUUAUGUUUUAAGCUUAAAGUGUAUUUAAAUGGUCAUCCUCAAAAUGUUCUCUUGUAUUUGGUGGGAAUUGUACGAUUACUAAGUGUAAAUUUUAAAGGUUCAAAUGUGUGUCGCAUAACGUUAUUGCCAAAAAUCCUGUGUUUAACCACUAACCCAACCCCUUUAACGAAGAGUUUCUGCUUGUAAAAAAAAACACCGGCAGUUAAUACAGAAAAUAGGGGUGUAGACGA